AACAAUUUCGUUGGCGGAUUCGGAUUCAAAUUCAAAUUAAGGUGUUCUGUGAUUAAUCAAUUAAUCAAUCUGUUGUGGACAUUCAGGUGUCUGCAAAUAUCUGGUCUAGAAAUACAAAAUACAUAAUUGAUAUCCUUUGGGCGAGUUCGACUUGGUAUGUUUAAUGGCAGUCAUCAUCCAUCCAAGAAUUAGAUAGAUAUAUGUGUAAAAUUUUUUUGGUUGAUAAAUCGAUCUGAUAGGGUUUCUAAGAUUGUUGUUGAUUUGUUAUAUAGUAGCCAACCCAACCCUACCCUACACUACCCUACCAUAGAUGGAGGAUUCCAAGCAUAAACCUAGGAAGGAGGAUUCAGAGAGAAAGGAUAGUGAUUCUAAAGGGACCCAUCGUGAACGUCGUGAGAAGCACAGGGACCGUGAUAGGAGAGACCGUGAAACUCGUCCUUCUGACAAGGAUAAGAGUAGUGAUUCUGAUGAAAGGUAUGAUAGGGAUAGAGAAAGAGAAAGGGACAAGGAAAAGCACAGAGAUAAAAGGGAUUGUGAUGAUGAGAGGGAAAGGGUUAGAGACAGGAAGAGGGACAGGGAAGAUAGAGAGAAAGACAAAGAGAAAGACAGGGAGAGGGCAAGAGAGAAGAGGGAACGAGACAGGGAAGAACGAGAGAGGGAAAGGGAGAGGAGAGAACGGGACAGAGAGAGAGAAGGGGAAAAGAGAGAGAGGGACAGGAAGUUAAGGGAUGAGGUGGAUCAAGCUCAGAAAAAGAAAAGGAAGAUGGAGGAGGAGGUCAGGGGGAACGAGGUAGUGGAGUUCGUACCUCAUCCUGCACCUAUUGAGCUUGAUUCGGACCUUAGAGAGACCGAGGUCCCUACCUCUGGCAAGGUUAUGCUAAUGUGGCAGACUGUAACUUGGGUUAUCGUGUUAGCCAAAGAAUUCUUGGAGCUAGUGAAGGACCGCAACAGCCUGCAGAAGAAAAGGGAUGAGCUGUUGAAGAAAAACAGUGAAAUGAGGAGGGAAUUGGAUAUUGUGGUACCAGCAGUGACAAGUCUGCAAGAGGAAAGAGACACGCUGAAGACGAUUCUCUCAUUCGAAGAGAAUGACGCACAAGAGGAAAAAAUAACGAGAAUGAGAGAAUCCGAGGUGGAAAUGAAAAAGAAUGUCCAACUGCUGAUCCACAAUGGGAUGGAUGAGCACAUCGGCAACUUUAUCAACUCCAGCACGUUUGACAACAUUAUCAAUCUCUACCGGCUGCCGACUGCAAUCCUCGCAUUCAUUGAUUGCAAAAAGAAGGUCAAGACUGAGUAUCUCGAGGUGGAUAUCACCAAGAUCACUUUCGGCGAACAAGAGAAAGGGGUGGAGGAGAACGAUGAAAGCCUGUCAGCAGAUUUCCGACCUCAGGUUAAGUUGAGGUGGGAUCAUGAUGACGAAGGAUGCGCCGUUUUUCCUCCCAACUUCGACUUCGAGUUCGUAGCAAUCAAGGAAGAGGAAGGAGAAGCAGAAUGGGUUGAAUUUGAGAAGAGUCAGUCAUCUCCUCCUGUAAAGGUGCAUCCAGUUCCCUCAGAAGAAGAGCAACCACCUCUCUUAGUAGAGCAGGAGCCACCACAGCCACCUCCACCAGCAGAAUAGCUUAGGGGUUUUUUACUUUAGUAUUUUUUUAUUUUUCUUUUUUGUUCGAGAACGUUGAAACAAUUGUAACUUUUAUUAUUUUUUAAUGGAAAAAUUUUUUUGUUGAUAAUUAUGUGUUCUACUUGCUUUAUACUUUGGUUGUUUUAUGUUAAUAUAAGAACUAAGAUUAC